AUGGCGCGAGAGGCAUCAAGGGUGAAACCAGUGACGCAGCCCGGUGUUCAUGCACCGGAGAUCAAGGCGCUGCUGAAUUCCCGGGCAACGUACCGAACAGCUAUUGUGGUUGCUGUUAUAUUUCUUUUGCUUGCCUGUCUUGUUGUCGUUGCAACUUCGUCCGUACAGCAGGGCGAGGACCAAAGUCUGCCGCGGGCGAUUGUGCUGGUUGUUCCUCACCUUCCCCCAAGUUUGUUGGAGGCGGCCAUGGCAAGCAAUAAGGCUCCCUUCCUCGGUCUUCUUUCCGCUGCGGAUGGCAUCUAUUCCCGGCUUACUGCGAAAAACAAGGAAUUGACGUCGUCGCUGGUGACGGUUCUUACAGGCGAGGGGAACUCGAGUGCGACAAACCUUGUGGGGGCGACGAGCUUUCUGGCCAGGAUGAGGAAGGCCGGGAGGAAGCCCGUGGUGGUGGCGUCGUCGUCGUAUUGGUCGGGCCAGGAGGCGGGGUCCGACGGUAACUGUGGGCGUGUGGGGCUACUUGACUCGGAGUGCUCCGGCCUGAAGUGUCCUGCGGCGACCGAGGCGGCGUACUGCAAUGCUGCGGAGAAGCUCAUCUCAUGCGAUGGCAAGGCGCAGCUUUAUGAGGAGGAUGUGCUGGAGGGGUUUCGCCACCUUAUGCAGCAUGACGGCGACCUUCUGUAUGCGCACGCAAACGUCCUAAGUGGCCCGGCCACAACGGACGAGGAACGCAUGGCUUCCAUGAGUGACAUCAGCAUCAUGGACGGCACUCUGGGGAAGCUUGCGCUUGCCGUUAGUGAACGCUCUAGCACGACGAAGGAGAGCUGGCUACUGAUGCUGGUUGGUGCGGGUGGUGGUGGUCUGGAAAAGGUCCCGUUGGUGAUGGCGGCGUAUGCGCGAGGAGGGCUUGUGCGUUUCGGUCCCAUAGCUGAGGAGGCAACUCUAGCCGACGUUGCCCCGACGGUACUGCACUGGUUUGGUCUUUCCUCCGCUGGUGAGGCGCAGCGUGUGCGCGGGAUGUGUUCCACAGGUGUAACUGUCACGAGCUGCGAGACCACAACGAAUUGGCCAUGA